AUGCCAGCCCCCCUCCUCGCCCUUCCACGCGAACUCCGCGACCAAAUCUACGCGCUCCUCUGGUCCAGCACGCCCACAAUCACGCUACAAAACCACCCCUCCAUGGGCCAGAUACACGCCACCUACGCCUCACUCUCGGGGCUCGCAACGCACCUACCCCCCUGGCUGCUCACGAGCAAGCAAAUCCUGCUUGAAGCCACAGACCAGAUGAUCCGCCACGGGACCUGGACGCUGCGGCUGCGCAGCGAGUGGGACACGGAGCACGCGGGUCGCGUCCUGAGCCCGCUGCUGGCGCGCCGCGUGACGAUUGUGCUGACGCAGCCUCUCGAGGGCCCGCGGCCGCGGUGGCCGCAUGUCGUGCGGGAGACAGUGCUGCGGCCGAGUCGGGAGAACGGGGCGUGUUUCGAGGGCGUUGUGGAGCAGCUGCGGACGGAGAGGGUGAGAGAUGUGCGGAUAGUGCUGGAGUUGGUUAGGGAGGAGGCGGGUGCGCGGCUCGACUUGUCGAUGUUGGAGGCUGCGUGUGCCUUGAGGCCGGGGCUGGAGAGGUUGGAGGUUGUGGUUCUGAGGGAGCAGGUUUAUCGCAUGUACACUGAGGGAUUUGUCGAGGCUAUUGGUGCAGAAGUCAAGAGGGUCGGGAACAAGAUCAUGGGCAGUGAUGAGGACCCUACCGUUAGCGGGAUCUUCCAGGACAAAGGGUUUGUGUACACGUUCGACCAGGCUGGCGAGAUGGGGCUGUGUCGGGUUGAUUCUGCGGUCGGCGAAGCAGACCAUUGA